AAGAACUGCGGGAUCCGGAGGUCCAGAGCAGGUCCAGAGCAGGUCCAGAGCAGGUCCAGAGCAGGUCCGGACUCUCCCGCGCCACACUGUUGAGGCUGACACGCUUUAGCAUGUUUAAACUGUAGUUAUGAACUUGAGCUGAAGUUCCUCGCUCUGUGCGGAUUUACAGUAGAACUGCGACCUUUGGCAUUGUGGGAUCCCCGAGUUCGGUUCCGACAUGGGCAGUAAAGCUUUACCGGCCCCGAUCCCGCUGCACCCGGCCCUGCAGCUCAACUACUCGUUCCUGCAGACGCUCAACGCGUUCCCCGCGGCCGUGGAUCAUCUGUACGGCCUGAGCUCGGUCCAAACCAUGCAGAUGAAUCACUGGACUCUGGGCUACCCGCCCGUUCAGGGCCUCGUGGACCCGCGCUUUCCGUUCGCCGCGGCUCUUCCGUUCGCCGCGCACCUCUUCCACCCCAAACACGGAUCCGUGACGCGCGUCCCUCCCGCGCUGCACAAGGACAGACCCAGAUUCGACUUCGCGAACCUCGCGGUGGCGGCCACGCAGGAGGAUCCGCCCAAACCGGGCGAGCUGUCCAAACUGAGCGCGGAGCUGGCCAAACUGUCCCCGGACCGAAAGCCCUCGCGCGGGAGACUGCCGUCCAAAAGCAAAAAGGAAUUUAUCUGUAAGUUUUGCGGGAGACACUUCACCAAAUCCUACAAUCUACUGAUCCACGAGCGCACGCACACCGACGAGCGGCCCUACACCUGCGACAUCUGCCACAAAGCGUUCCGGAGACAAGACCACCUGCGAGACCACAGAUAUAUUCACUCCAAGGAGAAACCGUUCAAGUGUCAGGAGUGCGGGAAGGGAUUUUGUCAGUCGCGAACUUUGGCGGUUCAUAAAACGUUGCACUUGCAGGAAUCUCCUCACAAAUGCCCCACAUGCGGAAGAACCUUUAAUCAAAGAAGUAACCUGAAAACUCACCUUCUCACCCAUACAGACCUCAAGCCUUUCUCCUGCGGCCGCUGCGGGAAGGUGUUUCGGCGCAACUGCGACCUGCGACGCCACAGUUUGACACACACCCCACAGCAGGACUACUAACUAGUGAACUAACGAGUGCACACACGCAAACUCUGAUCUCGAGCCUCUGUUGCAGGCGGACUCGUGUUCGAUGGACACGCUUGCACCUAAACAGACUCUGUGAACUCAUGUAAAUAAAGUUUUUAUUGGUAUUUUUAUUA